CAAAAUCUGCAAUCUUUUGUAAGUUUGAGCCCAAAACCCAUUUAUGUGUUUUUAAGUUUUCAGUUUUGGCGGGAAAACCUGGGAAAGUAACAUUUUAUCUUAAAAAAAAUGGAACAUACUGAUGGUAAAAGAGAAUCUGGUUCAGUCUGGAGGGGUUUGUCACAUGACAAAUCACUGUGGGAGUCCAAGAUGGAACAUGACCCCCUGAUAUUGAUCAGGUUAGAGGUCAGAGCCGGCGACUGGAAAAGCAAAUCCCUCCAUAGAAAAGAUUAUCUGAGAAAUGGAAUCAAUCAAUUCUGCUUUUUCUGCUCCCUCACCUUUGAAGAAAUUCCCUGCCCAGCCAGAAGGGGGCAGCAGCUCAACCACAGGAGUAAACAGAGCCCCCCACUCCUUCAGGGGAGGAAAAUCUUCGGGAGGUGGGAGGCUCUCCUGUCCGACUCUUUGUCAUGACAAGACUUUGCUCCGUGGUUUGAUGCUGGAGCCAUGGAGGAGAACUUCAGCUCCGCCGGAGAACUCCUCAGCAUGUGAGCGCGGGACGCACAGCGGAGCAGUCCCAGCUGAAUCCUGCUUCCUGAGCUCAGAUCCGACAGACAAGGGGGCUUACUGUGAUGAACAGCAUGCUUCCUCAGAGGGGUGUCGCCACUAUGGGCUACACAUCAGAUUGUGUAAAGAUUGAGCACGGCGGCAGUGGCUCAGCAGGUGGGACUUUGCUGAGGGGCUCCCGCUCCAAAGCGGAGCUUCAGGAGCUCAUGGAGACUCUGCAGCGCAGAAAGAGUGCCCUGGAGGCCAGCCUCAGGGCUGCAGAGUGCAGCCGCAAGUACCUCAGCGUGCCUCCCCCCGUCGGAUCCCAGCCCAGCAGGCCGCUGUCAGUCCUCAGCACUGCAGAGCGCCCCCCGUCCGCCUUAAGAAACUUCUCUUACAUCACCAGCAGCAGCGUGCCUCCAUCACCGCGUCAAGGCGAGCGCUCGCUUAACUCAAACGGCUCGCUUCGUCCCCCCCAGACCCGUCAUCAGUCUCAGGACAGCCUGCUGAACCCCAACUCAGAGGAAGGGGGCUCUACGCUGUCUGCAUACGGGGAAGCUGUGCUUCGCUCGCCCAGGGUCAGAAGUGGAGCAGCCAGUAUGCCCUCGAGCCCUCGAAUAGGGCGCAGGGUCUACUCCCAAGGGAAAGCUGGAGUGGACGUCAGGCAGAGGAAGUACUCCACCGGGUCUCUCAACAGUCUGGGGAAGCACAGUCGCUCUUUACCACGGCUUCACAACGCCGCAGACCCCCCUCCUCUGUCGCUGCCUUCUCGUCACAUAGCAGGAUCUCACCGGGGGGCGGCCUCAGCCGGACAAAGACGCAGUCUUUCAUCCUUAGAGCAGCCUCCAGAUGUGACAGUACCAGCCAGUAUGCCCAACACGCCCAGGAGGUCCAGCCUGACUUCUCUGAGCUCACUUGGUGUGGAGCUUGACGGAACCGGCUUGGAUCUCCCAAUGGCAGAGAGACGACUGUCCUUUGGAAAGAGCUUCUUAAGUCCAGGACAUAGAGUGGGCAGCAUCAGCUCACUGAACGGCAAAGAGGAGCUGAAAGAUUACCACCAGCACCAGAGAGACGAGCGGCUCCGGGAGCAGAAAGUGCAGAGAUUGGAAUGCCAGAGACUAGAAACCAUCCUGAACCUGUGCACUGAGUUGGGUCAAGUGGCCAGAGAGCCAAGCGGCUCUUCGGUUUCUGACCUGCAGAAGAUCAACAAGGAGCUGGAGAAGUUGCAGGUGUCGGACGACGAGUCUGUGUUCUCCGAUUCGCCCAGCAGUUCUGCUCCCGACCGCCAGCAGAGCAGCUACAGAGAGGCCCGAUCCCGCUCACCUGCCACCAGCCUGGACAGCAGCGCCCCGUCUCCAUCCGCACACCACAGAACCAAAGCGCUGGAGAGCAUGCAGCUGAAACAAGAGGUCACUCACAUCGAGGAAGAAAGGAUCCAAGUUCUGAAUAACAUUGAGGAGCUGGAGCAAAAGAUCAAAGACCUGGACAACCAGAUGGAGGAGUCUCUGCGAGAGGUGGAGGUGGAGUGUGCUCUGCUGGAUGGAGAACAGGAGUCUGAGAUGGCUCAGCUUCAGAGGGAGAAGGAGCUCCUGGAGGAACUCAAGGGAAAAAUAAACAAUACUGAUAAGAAAAAUGACACAGAGACAUCUCAGGAAACAGAGAAGCAGUCACAAAGUCCAGAGGACUUAGAGUUUCAGAGGUUGGAAAGUGAAAUUAAGCAGGACGAGGAAAAAGAGAAUCAAAGCCAGGAGCUGCUGCGAGAGAUCGCCGACUGUCAGCGUCUCGCUGUCUCUCGCAAGGAGCGAAUCAUGACUCUGAAGAAGCAGUCCUCACAGAUUACUCUGCAGGCUCAGCAAGAAAGAGAGAAUUUCCAGAGAGAAAAGAACAACCUGCUCAUCAUGCUUCAGAAGGAAAGAGAAAAGCUGUCAUCUUUAGAAGGAAAGUAUGCAGAAUUGUCUGAAGGACAGUCCUUCACCAGCAACCCAGUCACCAUCAAAGAGCAUCUACACUCCCUGAAGGAAAGGAGAAGAAGCUGCAAAGACAUUUCAUCCCACCCAACUGAAAGUGUACCUCUCAGGAGGAGCCAGCAGCUCCUCAGCUCCUACGGCAGGUCUAUUGGACGCUCACUUCCUUCCAAGGCUCACCUUCCUUUAUCCCAAAGCUCCAGUUGUGGCAGCGUCCUCCCACAAAACUUCAGCUUCUCCCCCCGGGACGUAAACACCCGCAGGCUGGCCAAGAGCAACAACCACGAAGACAGACAAAGGCAAAGCGAUUUCUGCUCCAGGAUGGUGUCUGAAUCCUUCUUGGACUCCUUUUCCUAUCCAGACAACUGCCAGACUCUGGACGCGGUGAGCGUGGACAGCUCUGACAGCCUGGAGACCAGCUUCUCCGCCUGCUCCCCCGACAACAUCUCCAGUGCCAGCACGUCCAACAUGGCAAAGAUUGAGGAGAUGGAGCGUCUGCUGCGAGAAGCUCAAGCUGAGAAGCAGAGACUCCUCGAGCAUCGGGAACGGGAGAUGGAGGUUCGCAGGCAAGCGCUGGAGGAGGAGCGGCGACGGAGAGAGGACCUGGAAAAACGACUGCAGGAGGAGACCUGCAGGAGACAGAAACUUGUGGAGCGGGAGGUGAAGCUCAGGGAGAAACAGAGAUCUCAGUCACGACUCCUGACUCGCUACCUCCCUGUAAGAAAAGACGACUUUGAUCUUUACGGCCACAUUGAAGGAGCCGGGCACAACCCCAACGCCUGCUUUCAUUUGGCCAUCACAGAUAAAACCUGCCGAGGAUUCCUCGUCAAGAUGGGCGGAAAAAUCAAAACGUGGAAAAAACGUUGGUUUGUGUUUGACCAUAACCGCAGGACUCUCACGUAUUAUGCAGACAAACACGAGACCAAGAUGAAAGGGGUCAUUUACUUCCAAGCCAUAGAGGAGGUGUACUAUGACCAUUUAAAGAACGCACACAAAAGCCCCAAUCCCUCACUGACCUUCAGUGUGAAGACCCACGAUCGGGUGUACUACAUGGUGGCUCCGUCUCCUGAGGCCAUGCGUAUCUGGAUGGAUGUUAUCGUAACGGGCGCUGAAGGACACAUGCAUUUCAUGGUCUAACACUUUGUUUAGUUACCAUUGAGACCAAUGGGAAAACUUGCAGCAUUCUGUUCCUGUCGAGGCUGAUGUCACAUAGAAGAUGGAUUUUCAUCAGGUUAACCAAGCAUUGACUUCUCCCAAAGAGCUCAUUGUGAAGCAUGAAAAUACAUGAGAAAAUCUACCAUCUUAAAGACCCACUCCUAUCAUCUUUUGGGCUAUUGUUAAAGCAUUCCUAGUGGUCUUUUAAUUAUGAUUAUUACGUUUUUUGUCAAAAUAUUUUUAAAAAGUGUUGUUUUUUCAGGACAUAGUUUCUGUAGUACAUAAGAAAUUUGCCUCUGAGUUGUGGGCGGGACCAUUUUGGUUUUUUUUGCAAUUCCUUAGACCUCGGAAAAGAGCUUUUGGUCCGAUGGGGACCUGGUGGCAGACAGCUGAAAAUCAUUAGCCGGAAGGAAGUCCAAUACCAGAACAUCAACGCCCCCACCCCCACCCUCACAUCAGUCAAAAAGACUAAAGCCUUGUUUCCACUGAGCAGUCCGGUAUGGUCCGGUAUUUUGAGCGUUUCCAUUGUAAAAUACAAUACAACUAGAGGACCCCCAUUUAAAGUGUUGCCACCCACUGAUUGACAGAAAGCAUCAUUAUAGCGCUAAGCUAGCAUUUCCGUUUUUUCUCUUUAUAGCGGUAUUCUUCUUAGCCGCCUGCAAUCUUCCUUCAAACAACAUUAAAUUCCUGUUAUACACGAUGUACAAAAAGUAAAGCAAUCAAUGGAUGACCUCCAUUGUAGUUACUUUUCUAGUCGUUGCAUUACAAUGACACGUUAGCAGUCUACACUACGUAUACGCCAUGAAAACAAACCGCUCAGUGGAAGCAAGACUUAACUGAGUGGAAACGCUCACCAGAAUUAACUGGUCUGUACCAUUUCUUACCGGACCAGACGGCUCUGUGAAACGAGGCUUCAAAUAUGACCUAAACAGCUACGUUUUUUUUGUGUUUGAAGCUUUGAACCUUUAAGACCUCAAGUGUCCCUGUUAAAAACCUACAAUGCUCUUUUGACAUAGCGUAACUCCUUACAUGAUCAAUGUGAAUUAGCUGAUCUGCACAGAAAAGCGGCUUUGCGCUGGUGAACAACACAUUAAAGCAAUUUUUCACCUUUAUGCAACACAUUAGCUGCUAAUUAGCUCUUGCUAAAAGCAUUAUGAUAUGGGUACGGGACUUCUGCUCUUCUGCAUGUCUAUGAUUUUAUAUCCGUCCUUACUAAAUAAAUACAUUCAAAUUCAAAUUACUACUAUAAAGUGUUAUAUUCCAGCACAAUGCAGCUCUUCUCCGCGACAGAAUAAGCUGUUUCACGUUGAUCGCAUAAAGGGUUGAAGCUAACUGCGAUCAAAUGUAAACACUGGUCUGAAGCUAAAGCAGCAAUGUAAAAGUCUUUUUAAAUCUAAACACUUUUUUAAAUACCCUUUUAAAAAUUAAACAAACGUUUUACCCUCCUUUUAUAUAUUUUAAGAUAAUUCUGAACACUAAACAGUUUAUUCACAUUUAGAAGUUUUAAUAAAAGUGGAUACAACUUGUGAAAUUUCCGUCUCUUCGGCUAAUAAUAUUCAGGUGCCAUCAGGUCCUCUUGUGUGGCCCGCACGACGUAUCUUUUACAUCACAAAUACAAUAUUUUUCAAACUUCAUUUAUUUCUGUUCCCGAUUCAUAACAAUUUUAAUAAAUAAAUACUUAAUAUGUGGCCUCAGGGGAUUGGUCGAAUGCAGAGAACAAAUUUCCCACACGAGGUGCAUGACAACUGAUGGGACUUUAAAUUGACUUUAUAUGUUUUCCAUCAUCUGAAAAAUACCACAAGAAAAUGUCAAAAUCACCAAGAGCACAAUUUUCAUUGGAGUGGGUUUUUAAGCUAUCUCUUUCCUGUUUUCCUUCCAUCACAAUUUUCCUCUUUCAGUUUGCAAUAAUAUAACAGGUGCUCUUUAAAAUGUCUCAGAACGUAUGCAACACGUUUAUUUUUCAUUUUUCUACACGGUGUCAUGCUCCACUUUUCUUCUUCUACGUCUGUUUGGGCUUUUCAGUAUGAAAUUUGGAUUCAGUUUUGAGCGCUGUGAGUUUCAAAUGAUCCUCACUAUUAGGAGAAGCAGAAAUGCAGAUUUAUUAUUUUAUUUUCUUACAUUAUACAGAUAAAGCCAUUAUUUUGCUAUGUUUGUACUCUUCUUUCUCUACUUGCUGCUUCCAUACAACCAAUAUAAGCUGAUAUUUUCUGCUUACCCUAUAGCAGGAUUGAAUGUGUCCUCUUUAAAACAGAUUUUCAACCAAAAGACAGUUUGAUUUUACUUCCAGUCGUUACAGAAACAGUGUUACAUGAUUAUUUACUUGUUUUUUUCUGAAAUGAAUCACUGCCUAAUCAGCAGUGACUCUGUGUUGCACGGCUUCCUCUGUGCAGAGGGCUCCCUCUGUCUGCAGAGGCCUGACAGGAUGAGUUGCGCAGCGUUGGCGUUGCAUUUACUGCGUCGUCAUCCUGUUCUGUUUCCCCAGCAGAGGUCCUCAGCGCACAGUCUUUGCACCAGAAUGACGUAAUGGUCAGGGUGAAGUCCUCUACACAGAUAAUCAGAAUCUGAGAAAAUCGGGCCUUCUAUAUUUUCAUUUUUUGUGGUAUGUGCAAAUAUAUGCCUUUGAGAGCACAUGCAUAGGAGGCCUUUUGAAAGAAUAGUUAAACUGCAUACGUUUAGUCUGCAUGUGUUAGGGCUAAUGCAGCAGGCCGUCUGUAUUUGAUAACAGGCGUUUGUUUCUGAUAACAGCCGGGUCGAUGCUGUUUGUGAGGGCGAGUGUUGGGAUCAUUCGGGGCCUUGUCCUGAUGAGCCCUGCAUCUAUCAAAGCAAAACGAUAUUUUAGUACAUGCUAUAUUUUAUAUUUGUAUAAAGUAACAAUCCUGACUCUGCUUUAGGUUUUUAUUUUCAAACUGUGUCAUAAAUAAAUAACUGGUUAUGAAAUGUUUUGUUGCUUUUUCUGUUUGAAACUGUGGAUUUGUGAAUGUUGGAGCACUUAAAAGACACUCAUUAAUCAUCA